AUGGCUAUUUUGAACGAUGAAGAAGAAAGUGAACCACCUUCAUCUUUUUUAAUUGUAAAAGGAAUUGGGAAUAACAACAUUUUUGAACAAAACAUUGGUGAACAACGACAGCCAGAUAUUUUGCCCCUAGGCAAGGCUUUACAUUUGCUUCUCAACGUCAAAGCGCCCAUCAUUGACAAAGCGUUGGCCGCGUUUGAGGAAGCCAAAUCAGAGAAAAAUGUCGCUCGUAUUGUAGUAGUUAGUCAGUCGUUAAUUAUGAAAGCGAUCUACUCAAUCGAUCGGUAUUUAGGAAAAGAUGAGAAUGUGAAAGAGCGGUUCUUUCAUCUUUACGAACCUUUGAAAAAAAAAGUUUUAUUGAAAGAUUCAGCAGCUACAGUUCAUACGUCGUCUAUGAUUAUACUCCGUUAUAUCAUUUCACGAUAUCAAGUUGUCCGGCAACAUAUUCUAUUGACCGAAUUACAACGUGAGGACAAAAAAAGCCAAUUGGCUGUGAUAAUACUGUUACGGUUCGUAAUAAAGAAUCAACCUGCUACAGCGUUGGAUCUAAACGAAAUAGCAGCGAUAUACUUGAUGCCGCUGAUAGACAUUUUGAAGAAGCAGAAAUCAAGGAUGCCUACUUAUUUAUCCUCUUUAGCUUGUGAAUUGGCCACUGAUAUUUGUAGGAAUCUUAUGAAUCCAUCGAAACACAACUGCUUAAUGAAAAACCAGCAACUUGAACCACAAUUACCAACUUACUCAGGACCAAAGAUAGUUGAAGUCGUACCAGGCGAAGAUAGUACACCCGUCAUCCCAUCAUUUGUGUGGCGCGCAAUGCAUGAUUUAAUCUUGGUAUUGAAACAGUGGCAUAAACCCACAAGUCCUAUAGAAAAAGCGGCUUAUAACGAUUUGCUUCAACUCGUCCAACAGCAUGCCAAAUUUGAUUGGGGUUUACUAUGGACAUACUUCACAGCAAAAACUGUUUUGUGCAAAAGACCCUUUUCCAUCAGGAAGCAAAAAAUUUUGCUCGAACAUUCUCAACAUGGAUUCUUUAUUUUGUGCCUGUUUGAACACAGAGCAGGCUGGAUUGAGCAAUUUGGAAACAAAGCAGAGAAAGAGGUUUGCGACAGCGAGUAUAAAGACUCAAAGCCGCUCAUUCAAAAUGCAUAUCGAACUCUUUGUAAAACACUACCAUCAGCAAUGUCUAACAUAGAUCACGAAUUACUUAUACCCCAACUCAUUAUACAUCUGCCAAAUUUAUGUACAGCCGAGGAUAUUUGUAAUCCUACUAUGAUAAAGCAUAUAUUUAAGGUGGCAAACUAUAGUGUAGAUUUGAUACCUUUAAUUGUAAAGCGACCAGAAUUAUGCCUGUGCUAUCUAAUUAGGCAACUUGGGGACACAGCAGGAACAGAUGAAUCUACUUCUAUCAACAACCUCUUAAAACGACUUAUUCACCAAAAUUCAUCUGAAAAAAUUAUGACUAUUUUAGAGAAGAACUUAUUGACGGUUGUAGAGCAAAAUGAUAACGCUUGCAAAUUGUUGAUUGACUGCAUGCCUUAUUUGUGUCUUCCUGUACUAAUUGAAAAGCUGAGUUACAAAAUGCUUGAUGUGUUGGAUAUGGAAAGGGAAAAAUUUGUUUAUUCUGCACUUAUUUCCAAAGCUUUGCUGCAAGAAAAAUGGGCUCACUACAGUAUUUUAUGGUACAUUGAAUUUGUUCGGAAAGUGGAAGUUAGUAAAUGCAUUUGCUUCGAAAAACAACAACAAGGACAAUCUCGGUCCAUUCCGCCAAGUCAUAUAUAUUUCCGUAGAACAUCUACAAAAAGCGUACAAGAUAAAUCUCUUGUUGCCGUCACAAUGCAAGCAUGGAUGACACCGAUACAAUUGUGGAGUGUAAGAAUGGAGGAUAUUGCAAUAUAUGCUGCUACUAUACGCCAACUUGUUGCAUAUUGUUAUGGGCUAUCGCAUGAUAUAAAAUUGCCAGAUAAACUGAUAUGGAUUCCUACAUGGCAGCACUUGUCGUUUGGCUUUAUGAAUACGAAUAAGUCAGCAGAAUUAGUCCCUGUGGUAUUAGAAUGCUGUUUAAAAACUAUGAUCGACCAAAAUUUUAAUGUGCAUCUACAACGCAAGGAUAAUUACGAAAAGACAAUUUUCUUAAAAUUGUGCCCAAUGCUUAUAUUGCAAUGUGUACAAAGAGAAGCUUUUUCGGCUGUAGAAUUACCAACAAAUUAUGUGAUUACCAUAUCUGACAAAUUGUUUCAACAUUAUAACAUCGACGCUAACGAACUCAAAACAAGUACUACAACCACGUCAAAUAAUCAGCAUGCUGCCUUAUAUAUACAGCUAUUUGAAGAACUUUUGAACAGGGCUAAGGAAAAUGAAUCUGCAGAAUUAGGCCGUUUGGGUAAAAAUCUAGUAACUAAGAUAUUCUUUAAAUGA